GCGUCCCGUACCGGCUGUGGGUGCAGCGGAGUUCACUGCUCUGCCCCGAGCGCUCGGUGUGCGGCUGCGCUCUGAGCGUUUGGGCGCCCAAGCUGAACUCCACUCUCAGCGGAACUAGCGAGCUAGCGGCGGAAAAUAGAAUGGGACCCUCAACACUAACUGUUCCACUCUUUAGUCAUCUGACAUGUGCCCCUCAGCUUGCUACUUAAAGGUGCGGACCUGAAAACGUCGGUUUUCCAACAGCUUCUUGAAAACCACCCGCUCUCUUCAUUAUUUUGGCUUGUUAGCUAGCUAACGCUAGCUAGCCAUCAUAUGACCAGUUAGCUAGCCAGCGACGUACUUGACGAGCAAUCCGAGAAGGAAGCGUCAGCACACCGGCCGAAGAGGACGGGUUCUCCACAGUUGAGCUUUGUGUCGGAUUGGACCGCCCUGUAUCACCAUGGCUGGUGGCAUUACAGAGACGGGAGAGCCAUACUCACCUUUUGUUGGCCUGGUGUACAUGUUCAAUCUGAUUGUGGGUACUGGAGCUCUGACCAUGCCCAAAGCCUUUGCCACAGCUGGUUGGGUGGUCAGCUUGGCACUUAUCUCGUUUUUAGCAUUUAUGAGUUACAUGACCACUACAUUUGUGAUCGAGGCCAUGGCCGCUGCCAAUGCCCAGUUACGCUGGAAAAGAAGAGAGCAGGAAGAGGUCAGCAAUAGUGACUCUAGUUCUGACUAUUCAGAUGAUGAUGUCAACAUCCGGGGUCGGUCUGAAUCAGUUGAGACUCGACCAAUUCUUUCUGUUCAGCGUGUAGGGUCAACAGACCAUUUUGACAUUGUGGAGAGAGUCGAGAUGGGACAGAUGGCCUCUAUGUUUUUCAAUAAAGUUGGGGUCAAUAUGUUCUACAUCUGCCUCAUCGUGUACCUGUAUGGAGAUUUGGCUAUUUAUGCUGCAGCUGUGCCAAUGUCCUUGAUGGAAGUGGCCUGUGGAAAUCACUCGUGCAGUGCAGGGGGUGUAAAGUAUAAUGACACCGAUCCAUGCUGGGGGCCUGUCAGCCGCAAAGACGCCUACAGGGUGUUUCUGGCAGUCUUCACACUGCUGUUAGGACCUUUCACGUUCUUCAAUGCACAGAAGACCAAAUAUCUACAGAUCCUCACCUCGCUCAUGAGAUGGAUCGCUUUCACCAUGAUGAUUAUUCUGGCACUGAUCCGCAUUGGCAAAGGACAUGGCGAGGGCCACCCUCAAGUGGCGCAGCUCUCGGGAGUGCCCAAUCUUUUCGGUGUGUGUGUCUACUCCUUCAUGUGCCAGCACUCCCUGCCCUCUCUGAUAACGCCCAUCUCAGAAAAGCGGCGGGUGGGUGCACUGCUACUGGCUGACUAUGUGCUCAUCCUGGGCUUCUACAGCCUGCUGUCCUUCACGGCCAUCUUCUGUUUCGAUAGUUCGCUGUUGCGAGACAUGUACACACUAAACUUCACCGAUAACUGUGACGUCCUGGGUGUGGCAUUCCUGCGCUACUUCUUGGGCCUUUUUCCAGUGUUCACCAUUAGUACUAACUUCCCCAUCAUAGCAGUCACACUACGCAACAACUGGAAGACGCUCUUCCAUCGAGACGGAGGCACCUACCCCUGGGUGGUGGACCGCAUUGUGUUUCCCCUCAUCACUUUGGUGCCACCUAUAAUUGUGGCCUUUUGUACUCAUGACCUGGAAGCACUCGUGGGCAUCACUGGAGCCUAUGCAGGCACAGGCAUUCAGUACAUUAUCCCAGCUUGCCUUGUGUAUUUUAGUCGGCGCCACCUAGAGCCUGUGGUUGGAAGGGAUGCUGUGAACAAGCACAGAUCUCCGUUUCGGCACACAUUCUGGGUAGCAUUUGUGGUACUUUGGGCAACUUUUUGCCUCAUGUUUGUCACGGCUAAUAUAAUUCUGACAGAAAGCAAGAACUGAGCCUGUGUUUUACAUGGAUAUAUUGUUUUUUUGUUUUUUUUUUUGUUACUACUGUAAUUGAAGUCAUACAGGUUUAGCGUUACAUCAGUAUUUUACACACUAAGUAGCAUUUGAGCAUUUGGAUUAGUUUAACCUGGUUUAAUGUUAAAGGGACCAAAAUUUGUUAUGAAUCUACAUCAUAACUUCAAGAAUUCAGUACUUCUGUUGAGUACUCCAUUAGAGGAGUCAUUUAAAAGUCUUUUCAGACUGUAGAUUGAGUUUCUGCUUGGAAGGGUCACCUUGUGGAAGUUUUAUUUGCACUGCAGUCUAUGCACUGCUUAUAAGCUUUUACAAACAGCAGUCAGACUUAUUUCUGGCUCAUCCAAAACUUUUUUUACUUUACUUUUGGCCUUUUUCUGAGUCAACUUUAGUCCCCUUAUUAGGCCAGUUAAGGUCUGUAGGUCGGUACGUUCCUCUUUCUGGCCAAAACACAGCUACAAAACAAAAUAUACUAAUGCUAAGCAUGGAUGAGGAGAAGUUAAGAAACAUACCAAGAAGGGGCCUUUCAUUUUCUUUUUCUUUUCUUUUUUUUCUUUUUCUUUUUUUCUUCAUUACCAAAUGACGUUGACAUCCACGUCUGCCUCAGUAUGGGCAAGGAGCAGAGAAAAAUGGCAAAGCAAAUCAGGGAUAAUCAGUCUUUCAUGGCUGGCAUUUUCAGCAUUCCUAACUGACUGGCUCUUUGCGUGUCCUUACCUGUGAGUGAUGGAGUCGUGUGCUCUGCGGCAUUACUGACGGAUGUGCUCAGAGCUGGAGGGCAGUCUUGGCUCCUCACCAGACUGCUGGGGGCUUGAAAAACUUUUUUGAAUGAAGCCUUUGUGCUUGAGCUCAGUCUAGCUGGACAUCAAUAGUCUGCCUAGUCUACGGAGACUGAGCUUUUUGUGUAUAAGUUACUGCACCUUAUUACAGCUUACCCAAGCACACUCUUUAUGUGUUUGUGUCUGUUGUCCAUCGAUGUAGAAGAUCUAGCUGAGUUGAUGUUAUUGUUGCUUUGGAGGUUUAUUGCUUUAUUACCUUGCUUUUGUCAUGUUGCUGUUCAGUCUGAAUAUACAUCAGAUCCAAAUAUAUGGCAGCUUCGUCCAGCCCUACCUUGAACAGCUUGAACUGAAGUGCUGUGUGAUUCUUGUUUUUUAAAGUUACUGGUUUUGUGUUUUGUUUUUCCUGUCGUUGUCAUUGUUUUUGUCAUCGGGUUUCAACCAGACGAUUGGUACCUCAGGAUUCAGAUCCACCGUGAAUCAAUUACCGAACCUGUCCAGCAUUUGCGUCAUAGCUGUUCACACUUCACUGUCUCAUUAGGUUGUUGUCACCAUUCUCUUCGUGUUCCUUUCAUGCGUUUUUGUGUCGCACUUGAUCGUUUGAUCAUUGACGACCCGUUUGAUACUGUAAAUUGAUUGCUGCUCUCUGUGAGAGUGCGCUCUCUCUCUCUCUCUCUCUCUCUCUCUCUCUCUCUCUCUCUCUCUCUCUCUGUCCUGAUCAAAGCAAAGGGAAAGCAGCCUCGAAACCGUGACUGCUGCCACCUGCGGCAUUGCAACAGUGCUCUACUUUUGCACACUCUGCCUUGCGGGCUUGUGUUUAACCUGCUGAAGAUGUGUCUUUAUAAAUAUGGCACCCCAGUUUUAUCGUUUACAGUGUAUAUGGGACAAAGGCAAAGAUGGAGGUUUAGCAUGUUGGGUGUUCUUAUAUUGCUCCCUCGUACUUCAUUUUCCUGAGGGACAUUGUAGCAGUAUAUAGUAUUGUACCUGAUGGUGCGGAAGUCACCAUGAACGUUUAAUAUUUUCCCCAGACGAUUUAUAGUCCACAGUGUUGUUUGAUAAAGUGUCUCCAACCUCCUUUAGUUUGAAGCCGAAUUCCUUGCGUUUUUUAUGGUUCAUUUGGAGUUGGUUAAAAUUCAUGAGCAAAUGUGUUUUACGUUGACUCAUGUGAAUGAUGAUACUGAAGAAAACUGUGCCUUCCUCUCAGAGUUGAACCUAUCUUUAUAUGGCUAAUGUGUCUUCGUGUUCUACAAAGCCUAUCAGAUAUUCUCUGCAUGUAAACCACUUCAUUUAACUGACAAUCAGUGUCCCAUCAGAAUAAACACGGGAAAAUUCCUUUUGAAAUGUG